CGUCCGUACAAAUCGUUUGGGUGGAUCGCUUUCCCGGUGUCACGAUCAAAAAUCGAGCGGCACGCACCCCAGACACAGGGCAAAGUGCAUUGUAUGUAUGUAUGUAUGUUUCAUGAAGACUCGUUGUGAGAAUGCUAGCUCCUCCACCGCAUCAAAGCAAGUCGUGUCGUCGUCACCUGUACAGAAUAAACCGAAACGGAAACUCCAAUUGCGCUUGAAUGAGAUAAAAUUCGUCACUACACUGUUGACUCGCAGUUUCUUUUUUUCUUCUGACUGGGGAGUACUACUGUCAAAGGAAAACAAAUGACAAUGACUUACGUUUGAAAAUAAAAAGAACUAAUGGUAAUGGACUCGACGCUGACGAGGUCCACCUCCGCGUCGCACCUGGCGACCACGAGAAAGCCGAAGUUGAAUGCAACCGGUAUUCGUUUUUUUUUUUUGUCACAUGCAUCAGCAAUAGAAAAUAGGAAUUGUAUUGCGAAGAAGUGGUUUGUAAUUAUAAAAAACUCUUGGUAACGACAACGAGAACGACAAGAGCAGGCGCUCUCAUGCAUUUUACGAAAACCGAACAAAAUCAAAUCAGCGAUACCAAACCUGCCGGGAACGUCGCAAUUGUCCACAUCCAUCGGCAAAAAGCACCUCCCAAGACAAAACUCCCGGUCCAUCAUCGGCGGAUGCAGAAUCGCGCGGAAUAGAGAAAGGUACUUAAUAUUGAGUUCUUGCAGCUUUUAAUUGAUGCACAAGCUUGCCUGACUCGCUCCUACAUGGCCACGCAUGACAAGGAAUAGUGGGCAAAUAAGAAAGUAUGAAAACAAAAAACAAACUGCCAGGUUCGAAGCCGCACAAUCGAAAUUUAUUAUCCGGGCACGACCAAAGAAAACAUUCGAAUUCCGGCAGAGCAGCUUGCCGAGCAGCACCACGAGAGGACAAGUGUGCCAGCAGACAAGUCUGACUCUUGACGAACUGCCCACUUGGGAAGUGCUGGAGCGACAUUUGCUGCAGUUCUACGCAUACGGAAAGGACGCUAUUGGUAUUUGUGGUGUGUUUUUUGCAUAUCCAUAUUCCUUAAUAUGCGCGAGCGCGUCUUUAGUGCAUGACAACAUCUUCCUUUUUUUGUUUCUUGUGCGUGUGAGAAUCUAUCACAAAAAAAUCAUUUUCAGCUGUAACAAACGGUGUCGGCGAAGACUUCGGAUUCCGCGACGGGAACAAGCGGAUUAGAAUCUACAUCUGCGAGGACAAGUUCACCGAGGAGUACAACUACGAGCGGCUCGGGAUGCCGCACAAUAUGGCGCUAGCACCCGCGAACUCGGCAAUGGACGCUGCACCGUUUUCGGCUGAUGAGAGGACUCUCGCGAGGAAGACCAUUUUGCCGUCCAAGCCGGAUGAAAGGACCACGAACGAAAAGCUGUACUACGAGAUGAAUAUGCUGAAUGGCGGAGGAAACGUAAAAAUGCUGUCUUCUUUUAUUUGGUUCUUUCCACCUACGUUUUGUAUUCUGAUGAUUUUGAUGGCUUGCAUGCAGGUGUAGCGUAUGCAAACAGCCUUUGAUCAAAGAAAAGUAACACUGGAAACAUAAUCAGAUGAAAUAUAUGAUCGAAACUCGAGCUGUAUCUGUAACUGUCAUCUGCACCUUUCGGGACUGUGACUAUAGACAUAUCUGCAUUUUUCGAUAGGUGACCACCACGCGCGGGUCGUUCAGUGUGAGCCGCGAGACAAACAAGCCCAAAGCCGCGACGAUGUUUCAUCCCGCGCAUGAUGAUCCGGGAGCGUGUCUAUCGCAGUGUGGCUGCCGGCGCAAGCGUUUUUAUCGCUGCAUCACGAAGACCAUCGUGUUGUUCUGUUGGCUGUUUUUUACCGACUGUUCUUUUAUCUUCUUCCCCGCUGGCGCAGCUGCUCGCCGAACAACUCUGCCAGAGCAACUACAGGACGAUCUGGUCGACAAGCCGGACCAGCAGCUACAUCAGGAGAUGAGCGAUACGUCCGCAGCUUCAGCGCUGACAACUCUCCACCCUGGGUCGUUCCUGAACAGAACGACAGAAGAACAUGAGCAACUACCAGCAGUUGUCGGCGUCGUUACUGUUGAGCACGACGGGUCGUUCUCUUCUCUCCUUGAGAAAAUAUGACAGUGCACAACUCCCCCUCCCCCUCAUUUGUCAUGCAAAAUAUUACCCAACCCACCCUCUGUCUCUUGGCACUGUUUGCAUGAUAAGUUCUGGUAGCCCGCCAAAUAGCACUACACUCGUCCAGUGCAAAUUUGUCAUGCAAAACCGGCACUCGUACUGAUGCUUGUAUUGCCGUUCAUGCUAUACAAAUGAGGGGGAGGGGGAGUUGUGCACUGGCAGAGAAAAAUUAUGAGGAGGAUGCCGACACCGACGUUUCGUCCGUGCUCGAGAUGUUGAACUACAAUGGUGAAGACGCAGACGCGGACAACUUGCUGGACCACGACCGGGAAGAAAUGAUGCCGUUGGCGAUCAUGAACCACGAGCCGGAUGGCGCCAAGGAGACCGACCUCCCGCCGAGGGGACCACGAGGGGACGGUGGACGGCAAAUUUUUACAACUUUUAACGAGACAGCGAGUCUGUUGGAAAAAUUUGGGACAUCGACGUCGACGGGGACUUCCACAGCGAGGAUUUUUCUGCACCACCAGCAAGAGGAGCUUGAAGCGACUUCCGUAGUGCGGGUGGGGGAGAUCGGGAUCACGUCAUUUUUGGGGGAUUUGCAAUCGAAAAUGGAGACGGCAUGCACGGAGACGAUCAAACACUUGAUGUCCUCCGUCGCAGCGUACUUUAUUCCACUAGAGCAAGUGGAAAAGUGGAAAAAUGCCGUCGUGCAGGAUCUAAAACAAAACCUGGCCACCCUCCUGGCCACGGCGGCCGAGAUCGUCCUGCAGUUUGUGCCCGGGCUCGCGACCGUGUUGGACAGGCUGCUCUACUGGGGCUUCGGCACAGCCCUCGCUAAGAUGGCGGAACCGGUGCUGAACAAAAUCGUUGGCGUGUUCCGCGAAAAGGUGCUGCCUGCGUUCGCCACAGAGGCAACGACACUCCUCCUCCACGAGGCCAUGUACAUCAUUAGCCAUCAGUUGCGUAACUAUUUGGUGUGGGGCAACGAGGAGAAGCAGACGGAGCAUGAUGGCGGGAAAGCGAAAGCAGAAGACAAGCACCCUGAAUUCAGGCGGUCAGACGCGCUCAACGCGGACCAGCUGGAACAAGGAAUCACGAGCCAUCUAUUGACGCGGCAAAAAGCGCUCGAGGCGGAGCAGCUGGAGGCACACGAGACCGUCCAGAGCCAUACGAAAUCGAGGCUCUUUCCCGAAUUCCGCCGUGUCUUGCCUGACUUCCACAUCGCGCCGAUGGGUAAAAAGAUGCAGAAGAUGUUGGAUUCGUUCAAAAACGGCGUCAACGGAGUUGCGAAGAAAGCUAACCACGCCAUGGAACUUGCGAAGACGACUCUAGAGAAGGUGAAGAACAAGCUGAAAAAAUUGUGGCAGCAUGUGGCACACCUGCUGCUCCAGUCGGUAUUUGUGACGAAAGCAGUUGAGUUCCUGUCUCUUUUCUUUUUUCAACACCUGGUUCAAAAGCUGGUCAGCCGGCUCGGCGACGUGUUGUACAGCGUCCUUAGUGGUGUGAUCCCCGGCAUUCCGAUAGAGAGCAUCGUGGAUCCCUUUCUGGUCGGUGUGGUUCCGAUCCUCUCUGCAAAGCUCCUUUCCUUUUUCAAAUCGAAGACGGCCGGAGCUCUGGAACGCGUCUUCGGGUUCGCAAGAAAAAAAGAAUCAAUCGGAGAGGAGAGUACAAAGGACGGGAGGCGCCAUUUGCCACAGACACUGGACAAGCACCUGCACGAGAAACACAACGAAAAAAAGAAGCAUCACGAAAGGCACCACAAGCACAAGGGAGAGAAGGAGGCGUCGUCUACACUCGAGAAAAACCAUCCCGUUGACGAGCUCAAAAGUUUAGGAGAGGAAUUGCGCAAGAUCACCAUUGGAGAAGGACAAGGAUCACAAGGAGUUUUCGAUCUGCUGCGCGACGGCCUCCGCGCUGUGCUCAGUAAGGUGGACUUGGGGAAAGUAAGCUCCAUCGAAAACGUAGCCCACGUUGGAAAUGGGUUGCUCCACGCCGGGCGGGGUGCGCUCCGCGACGCACGCGGCGCAAUCUCCGCCCUAAAGGCAGGGGCGAGGUAUGCGUUGAACGAGAAGGGGGAGGGCUCGGGCAACCCAAGAAACCCGCUGCAGCAGGAGGAUGGAAAAAAGCAGGCCGACGAGGUGGAAGACAGCCUUGUCGCGGAGAUGGUCACGGGCUUCGACAAACAUCCAGCUCAAGCAGGAUCAAGCGCAUUAGAAGUCCCAUUCCGGGAAGAUCAAAUCGAGAUGGAUGAUGUGGAUGUGGUCCCCUCUGGUCGCUGGCGCAGCGGAAGCGAGCGAUCGACCUAUGGAUGGUCCGCUCUGCAGCGAGAGCAAGACUCCAAUCCGCGGCCGAUGGCAGAGCGUGGAAAGAAGAUUUGGCUACUGGCGGCCGGUGAAGAUGCAGACGGCCAGCAACCUGUGGCGGCAAGCUCUUUCGACACGAAUGACGCUUGGCAGCGCUUUUUGCAUCAAGGGCCGCAGGAGGGCAAACGAAUCGACGAAGGCAGCCCUGCGUCGUUCUCCAUAUCAUCGACUACUAGCCCAGCGCUACCACAACUGCGACGGCAAGUUCCCGCUACGCAGUCGAAAAAGCUGAGCCUGAUCGAGUUUCUGGCCCCGAAAUACUACAAGCAAACCAAAGCGGCCGCUUUGCAGGACCGCUUCUCGUUCCUGCAGAAACGCCACCUCCGCCUGGCCCAGUCCUCGCACCAGGACGACGCCUUUUUGGGACAUGUAGCCGAUGUGUUUCACAAGGGGUUGACGCAUAUGGGCGGCGCGUUGGAAAAAAUGAAGGACAAGGCGAAGGAGGUUGUGCUUCGCUCGGGCGGGGCCGUGUUGUACGAUCUGGCAGAAACCAAUCUGGGAGGAUUAAAGAGCGUGCUGGCCGACAGCAUCGCGGCGCCGCUGGCGAGACUGGCGGCCACGACGCUGGCCGCACCACCUCUCCUUGGUCCGGCCCGGCUGGUGUUCUCGUUGGUCUCCGAGAGCAUGUUGCAGACGGAGGCGAUUCGCGACAAGCUGGCUGCGGGGCUGGUUCCCAUUGUCGAAGGCGUUGCCAACAAGCUCCUCGAGAGCCUGAACUUCGCCGGGAUUUUCGAGGGCCUCCGGGCUAGCCUUUGUAUUUGGUUUGACGAGAAAAUGACGGACCUGCUGCAUAAGGUGCUGAAGGGGUGGAAAAGCAAAAAAGAGGGUAGCGCGGGUGGGGAAGGAAAAAUCGACCAUCUCAAGGGCCACCACGAGAAAACAAACUCAAAAAAUCAUGGCCAGCACCAGCAAGGCCAAGGGCAUCAAAAUCAUGCAGCUGCACAUAAAACUAAAAAAAGUGAAGGGAGAGGAGCCUCGUCCACCUCGUUUACGCAAAAAGCAGGCCCUACCGACAUGCGGUUGCGCCCGAACAACUUCCCUCGCUACGCGCUGCCUUCACCACGAGAUGCAGGGCAGCAGAGGGCGCAGCGCGGAACAGGUGAUGACAGCCAAGAAGAGCAGGGCUUGGGUCCGUACCUCCUAGAAGCCCCUGCGAAAACUGCCUCCACCGCCCCCGGUGCAGCGCUGGUGCAGCUGGCGGAGCAGCAGCAGCGCGAGGGACUACGCCUUGCUAUUAUCGCGAGAAAAAUUCGUCUCAGCCUUAACUUGUUGUAGUGCGCAACCUCCUCCUUGAGAUAGUUUUUUGUCAUGAUGCUCGACCACAUGCAACAAGAGAGUCGUGUUGCGUAUGUGUUUUUUCUUGCUGUGUCUGAUGCGUCACAGGUUUUCCGCGUCAUGCUCAGCAAGUUUAGUACUGCUGAGUCUGCAAAGGUUUGAGACCGAGACAGGUUCUUCUUUCGAUACCUGCAAAGGCGUCGCACGUUUUGGAUCUCCUAGCCGAUGCGAAAGAGUCGCUGUUCGAGGCGAAGACGACGCUUGCGACGGCAUUCGCUAACGGGCUUUCGGAAAUAAAGGACACACUCCACAACGUCGUUGCGGGGGUUUCGAUAUCAAAUAUAAUGUCUGGGUCUGGAAAUAUAGGGCAACUUGUCAUGGUAGAUCUGGAUGGUGACAAAAUUUGUGUUGCAUUGCAUCACCAAAAGCUGUCCGCUUUUGAACAUCAAAUUGAGACGCAGUUUGUUUCCCAUGCAGGAGCAGACAGAGGCAUGAUAGAGACCUCACAUAAUGUGUCAUGCUAGGUCCUGCAUUCCAGGCCUCACGGGUCUUCAUGGAAAACCUGCAUUACAAGUCUCGCACUCUUCCUGGCCCAUACAUUUUUGCACAGGAUAGUGGAAAUCGAUCAAGGUUUUUCUCACGUCUUCCGCCGUCGAGGGGCUGUUGAUCAUGUUGGCCACCGCUGCGGGGAAAGUGCUGAGUCAGGUGGUGGCCCUGAUUCCCUUCAUCCGGGAAACGCCCCUCCCCGUGCUUUUCAGCGUGGAAAUUGCGCCGGUGCUAGUGCUGCUGUUCCACCUGAAUGUCUUUCCCAUGGCAGGCCCGGACGCCUUACUAGACCUAGAUGGUGCCCCGGCACUUCCAGGCGAUGAAACGUCGCGAAAGACGAAAAUUUCUGUGCGAGAUUGGAUCCAAGCGAAGGUCACUAAGUUGGUAGACGCGGUCGAGGGCAAGGUCGGGGAGGCGGUAACGGAGGCCAUCAACGGGGCCGUCGGCAGUCUGGGAGGGGAUGCGGUUUCAGUUUCUCGCCACGUACAACAAGCUCUUGACACGCUGUUUCAUCACGGGAAGGACCACCACCAGCAACAUCAUCAUCAAACGAAGCCCGCCCCGGCCCACGCCCGGGCCGCAAAACCAGGAGCAGGCACGGGAAGCGACGAAGACUACGCCACGAUUCCGGAUGAAGGACUUCGUCAGCCAAUCGCGACGAUGAUGGCCAGCAACAAUAAGCAGCAAGCGAAAAAACACGCCCAUUAUUUUGAUGUUCCGUGA